AUGUCUACCACGGAGGAUGAACGUCAGGAAGAACUGGACUGCAUAGCAGCCAUCUACCCUGAACUCCUCGUGGAUCCCCAAAACCCUUUCUGCGUGUCUCUAUCCUUACCAGUACAUCCAACUGCGCCAGUCAAGGUCCUUUUCCCUGCGUCCUCCGACGGUCUCCUGCCUACCCCGCCACUGUCGACCAACUCUGAUCAAGAAGUUGUGUCUGCGGUGUCUAUGGGAGAGAGACCGGCGAAGAACGUGGAGUCACACAAUCUAUCUUACCUACCAGCUCUACAGCUUCGUAUCACUCUGCCGGAAGACUACCCCGAGAAAGUGGCGCCCAAGUUCGAGCUCUCGACCUCCCCUGCCUGGCUCUCUCGCAAGCACCUCGACGUACUACAGGAGAAGGGCACGGAGUUGUGGGAGGAAUUUGGUCGCAGCUCUGUGGUUUACGGAUACAUUGACUUUCUGCAACAAGAGGCUGAGAAUGCUUUUGGGUUUGCGGAAGAGGGUGGCAACUUGAAAGUCGCUCAAGAUCUCAAGAUAUCUCUGCUGGACUACGACAUCAAAGCCACACAAGCCGCUUUCGAAAAGGAGACAUUCGAUUGUGGCGUCUGUCUAGAUCCCAAGAAAGGCACCGUUUGCCACAGAAUGAUCGACUGCGGCCAUGUCUUUUGCGUGGAGUGUCUACAGGACUUCUACGAUAAUGCUAUCACCGAGGGUAACUUGGCUGCGGUCCAGUGCCUGGCUCCAGGAUGUGCAAAGAAGCGUGGGGAGGCGCAAACUACGAGUGGUCGACGGAAGCCAAAAACUCAACUUACGCCCAGCGAACUGAUCCAGAUCCCCCUCGAGCCCGAUGUCGUGCGCCGCUACGUUACGUUAAAGCACAAAGCAGAGCUCGAGUCGGAUAAGAAUACAGUUUACUGCCCGAGAAAAUGGUGUCAGGGAGCUGCGCGAUCAAAGAAGCACCGCAAGCCAGUUGGGUUUGAGGAUACCGAGAGCGGAGACGAAUCUGACGCCGAGGAAGGCACGAGUCUGGCUGCUGUGAAGGAUCGUCUAUGCAUUUGCGAAGACUGUUCUUUCGCGUUUUGCAAUCGAUGCUUCCAGGGCUGGCACGGCGAGCUGACCAUUUGCACACCGAGACUAGACACCGGCGAGCUUACAGAAGAAGACAAGGCCUCCCUGGAAUACUUGAAAUUACACUCCACUCCCUGCCCGACUUGUGCAUCACCGGCCCAGAAGACGCAUGGUUGCAAUCACAUGAUUUGCUUCAAGUGCCACAGCCAUUUCUGCUAUCUCUGCUCGGCUUGGCUCCCACCUGCGAAUCCGUACAACCACUACAACAACAUCUCAUCUCCCUGUUACUACCGACUAUGGGAGCUCGAGGAAGGCGAUGGCGAUGAUGUAGGAAUUGGAUACGGUGGCGGCGCCCGACCAGUGGAACAUGAAGAAAACGACGAGGUAGAGGCUGCUGUCGAAAUGAUGGGCAUUGAAGAAGUCCAUCCAGUCCCCGAGAUCGUGGAGCCGGUUGAAGAAGCCGUGCCACUGGAGCCGCUUCAACGCGAAGGUCCUCUUGUCCUGCGUAUCAACCACGUCCCUCCUCCACCUCCCCCACCGGCUCCAGAGGCUCCCCCAGCGGCCAACUUCCGUCGUGGACCUCAGCGCCAUGCACAGCGUGCACCAGUCAACCAGAAUCAGCAACGAGUCAACGCCGGAGCUCGGGGUGCACAAGCGGCACGAAGACGAGGCAAUCAGGCCGCGGAACGAAGAGAAGAAGCUGAUCGAGCGGCUGACCUGGCUUGGGUACAGAUUUUCGUGGAGAUGGCUAGGAACGACGAGGAAGACCAGCUCGAGAGUGAGGACGAAGAGGACGCCGCUUGGGAGAUCCCGAUGCGGUGA